GCGCGCGCGCUCGCUCGAGUCGAGGCUGCGGCGCCGGCACGGGGCGAGCGCCCGAGGCCUGGGCGCGCCCGCGGCCACGACCGCGCUCGGCACUGCGUUUUCUCCCGGCUGUUCCGCCCGCGGCGGCUGGUGCGGCUGGACCUGGGCUGUGGUGGGAGGGAAGAUGCCACAGCCCGAGUCCCAGAAGGCCGGGAUCCUGCGUUGCCGGCGCCGGGAUUCACCAGAGGAUCUUUCUGGGAUCUUCACCUUCACCUUGAGGACCUGGUGGGGUUCCUGGAGGUAAAGCCCACAGAAGUGUGCCAGCCCCCCAGGACUGCAUUCCUGGAGUUUCUAACUCUCCUGCCAGUUCACACCCAGCUCCAGCACAAGUUUAUAGCUCCAGCAGCUUUUGCUCCAGGAAACUGAAAAUGGCCAUUCAGCUAUGCUAGGUCUAUAAUGGGAAGCAUCACAGUUCGAUAUUUCUGUUAUGGAUGCCUUUUUACAUCUGCGACCUGGACGGUUUUGCUUUUUGUUUAUUUCAACUUCAGUGAAGUGACUCAGCCACUUAAGAAUGUGCCCAUCAAGGGGUCUGGGCCCCAUGGGCCAUUCCCCAAAAAAUUCUAUCCCCGUUUUACCCGAGGUCCAAGUCGAAUAUUAGAAUUACAGUUCAAAGCAAACAAGAUUGAUGAUGUGAUAGAUAAUCAUAUUGAAGAUGCAGAAAAAGGCAACAUGAAAUUCUCUUCUGAAUUGGGUAUGAUUUUUAAUGAACAUGAUCAAGAGUUGAGAGACUUGGGGUAUCAGAAGCAUGCCUUCAAUCUCCUUAUUAGCAACCGCUUGGGCUACCACAGAGAGGUGCCAGAUACCAGGAAUGCAGCAUGUAAAGAUAAGGUAUACCCUACAGAUCUGCCAGUCGCUAGUGUUGUUAUUUGUUUCUACAACGAAGCCUUGUCUGCUUUGCUGCGGACUGUGCACAGCGUCCUGGACCGCACACCAGCCCGGCUUCUCCAUGAAAUCAUCCUUGUGGAUGACAGCAGUGACUUUGAUGAUUUGAAAGGAGAAUUAGAUGAAUUUGUCCAAAAACACCUCCCUGGAAAAAUUAAAUUAAUAAGAAAUACAAAACGUGAGGGACUAAUUCGAGGAAGAAUGAUAGGAGCAGCUCAUGCAACAGGAGAAGUCCUGGUGUUCCUGGACAGCCACUGUGAAGUGAACGCGGUGUGGCUGCAGCCCUUGCUGGCGGCCAUCCGGGAGGACCGGCGGACAGUCGUGUGCCCGGUGAUCGACAUCAUCAGUGCCGACACUCUGGCCUACAGCUCGUCCCCUGUGGUGCGCGGAGGGUUCAACUGGGGACUGCACUUCAAAUGGGACCUUGUCCCCCUUUCCGAGCUCGGAGGACCAGAAGGAGCUGCUGCACCAAUAAAGUCACCUACAAUGGCUGGAGGACUGUUUGCCAUGAAUAGAAGCUACUUCAGUGAACUUGGGCAAUAUGACAGUGGCAUGGAUAUCUGGGGAGGAGAAAACUUGGAAAUAUCAUUUCGGAUUUGGAUGUGUGGGGGUAAGCUCUUCAUCAUCCCUUGCUCCAGAGUCGGACACAUUUUCCGGAAAAGGCGACCCUAUGGUUCCCCUGAAGGCCAGGACACCAUGACACACAACUCCUUGAGGCUGGCACACGUUUGGUUGGAUGAAUAUAAGGAGCAGUAUUUUUCCUUAAGACCUGAUCUGAGGACAAGAAGCUAUGGAAAUGUCAGUGAGCGAGUUGAAUUGAGGAAGAAGUUGGGUUGUAAAUCAUUUAAAUGGUAUUUGGAUAGCAUUUACCCAGAGAUGCAGAUAUCUGGGCCCAAUGCCAAACCCCAGCAACCCAUUUUUAUCAACAGAGGGCCAAAACGCCCCAAAAUCCUUCAGCGUGGAAGGCUUUAUCACCUCCAGACGGGCAAGUGUCUGGUGGCCCAGAGCCGCCCAAGUCAGAAGGGAGGCCUCGUAGUGCUUAAGGCGUGUGACUACGGUGACCCAAACCAGAUCUGGAUUUAUAAUGAAGAGCAUGAAUUGGUUUUAAGUAAUCUCCUUUGCCUGGAUAUGUCAGAAACUCGAUCCUCUGACCCACCCCGACUCAUGAAGUGCCACGGGUCGGGAGGAUCCCAGCAGUGGACCUUUGGGAAGAAUAAUCGGCUGUACCAGGUGUCAGUUGGACAGUGCCUGAAAGCGGUUGAUCCACUGAGUCACAAAGGCUAUGUUGCUAUGGCAAUCUGUGAUGGCUCCUCCUCUCAGCAGUGGCAUUUGGAAGGUUAAGGUGGAUGCGAAGGCUGAAUGGAUGCUUGCCCUGGGAAGGUUAGCAGAGGUGAAACAGCAGACAUACCCUACCGUCUAUAUCGAGCCCCCAGGGACCAUCAGGCGGUGAAGAAGUAUGUGACAUUGAGGUCAUUUCUAGGCCACUGUUAAGGAAUUUCUUAAUGGUAGGAAAUCAGAAUACAGUUUUAAUAUAAAGAGUCAGGUUUAUACAGAGGAUUAUACCCAGGAAAUUGCUAGGUCUAUUCAAAUUAGUUUAUGCUUCUUUUUAAUCCCCUUUAAUAGUGGAAUAGAAUGUGUCAUGAUUUCCUUUCUUAGAAGACUUCAUAGCAGACUAGUGAACUUUAAACAAACUGACUGAAUCCACAUAUUGUUUAUAAGAUCAUAUUUAAGAGGUGGUUAACUACUAUAAAUUAUUUUGAUGAAUUAUAGUACUAUAGACAUUUAAAAUAAAGAAUCCUUUUAAUUAUUUACCUUUUUGUAGUGGAGCCUCAGGUCUGAGCUGUCCUAUGUCUGUGAUGCAUGGUAAGAAAUAAACUUGGAUUCAGCUGUGACCAGUGUACAGCUCUAACUGUAGGGAAUUCCCGUUUCUAGGCUUGAACGAGGAAUUUGAAACGGAAGGUAUGUGAAUUUGAAUACUAAGUUGUUGGAUCUGGAGGUCAAGAUUUAUAUGCCAUUUAGAUAUAAAUUUAGGAAUCCUGUGUAUGUAUUACAUGCGCAAAUAUAAAGAGUUUUUAAAAUCUUGAAUCAGAAAGCAGUUUAAGCAUCAUAUGAGAAACAUGUUGGAGAAUAAUAUAUCUGUAUCUCAAACUUUUUAUCAGUCCUUCAACUUCAAAGACCAGAUGGGUACAUAAUCAAAAACAAAAAGCAGCAAGUUGGCAGAUUUAAACCAAGUAAAAUCAAUAAAUGCCCCAGUAGAAGGCGGAGAUUGUUAGGUUGGAUAAAAAGAUGGGAAAGUACAUGCGUGUUGAGCAUUAAGAGGAAAUAAUCCCAAACAAUAGAACUUCAAAAUACAAGCACCAAACCUGUUGAAACUUCCAGGAGAGACAUCGUCUGCAGGUGUGAGGUUUCCACACAGCUCUCAAUAGCGAUAAAACAAGUAGAAAAAUACUGUGAACCAACUGGACAUAAGUAACAGGGAACACUCCAUCCACCCAGGAACAGUAAUGUUUCCAAGUACGCCUGAAUCCCUGCUGGUGGGGAGGCAGCGUGGCGCCGCCACUUUGGAGGACAGUUAGGUGGUUUCUUACAAAACAGCCCUAGUCUUUGGUCCAACCUUCAAGCUUCUUGGUAAUGACCCAAAGGAGUUAAAAGCUUACGCUCCCUCAGACACCUCGUUUAUAGCGGCUUAUUCAUAACUGCCCAGAAUUGGAAGCAGCCAGAAGUCCUUCAGUAAGUGAAUGGGUGAACUGUGGUACAUCCAGACAAUGGUAUUAUUUAGUGUUCAAAUAAUUGAGAUAUCAGGCCACAAAAAGAUACGGAGAAACCUCGAAUACAUAUUCAGUGGAAGAAACCAAUCCGAAAAUCUACUUACUGUGUGAGUCCAGCUGUAUGCCAUUCUGGAAAAGGCAGAACCAUGGAGAUGGGUGGUUGCCAGAGGUAAAGGAGGGAGAGAUGAACAGUCAGAGCACAGAGGAUUAUUAGGGCAGUGAAACUAUUAUGUAUGCUAUAUGUUAGUCAAAAUGCAUAGAAAUACAAUACCCAAAAGCAGAGUAGUGUAACUGGAUGAUAAUGACAUGUCAAUAAAAGUUCAUCAUUGGUAGCAAGGUACUACAGAUGCAGGGUGUUGGUGGUGGGGAGAGGCUGUGUGUGUUCUAUACAUUCAGUUUUGCUGUGAACUAAAACUGCUUUAAAAAAUGAUAAGGGAUUAUUAUGACCAACUUUAUGCCAAUAAAUUAAAUGAAAUGGACAAAUACCUUGAAAUAAAUUACCCAA